GUGAUGAAACAAGGUUGAAGAGUCAAGGUUAACGUAAGUCAUCUGAAUGCGAUGAGGUGGUGCCUUUGUUUGAUAUGAAAUUUUGUCAAACAGAUUUUAUUUAGAAAAGUGCCGAACACCAAAGUAAAAUUGAGCUCCUAGGUAAAACCUACAGAAUCUCAAAAUGGAUUUCAAGUGGAGUUAUGACCAGCAAGAACCCUCCCUUUUUAUUCCAUAUAUGUUUGACACCCCUAACAGCUAUAUGGCUGCAGCUGUCCAUUCUGCAGAUUUCAGUUAUAGUUUGGACUUGAAUACUGACUCGGUUCAAUGUUACCUGGAAAAUGAGUCAAAUGAAGAAAUUGACAUUGAAACAAUUACACCCAUAAGUCACUUUGACAUGGAAAUAAAACAAACUGUUGAACAAUACCGGCAGAUUUUAACUGAUGGUUUGAUCCAUUCUGAUGUACAGGAUGUUGAAGGAGCAGUGUUACGAAUGAAGGAAGCUGAUGAGUAUCCGGGGGCUGUCGAUACUCAACAAAAUUCGAUGGAUGUCGACAGCCUUUCUGCCUCACGAGAAUCGCGUGAAUGGCAGUAUGUCCAGUAUACUGAUACCUACGGAAGCACGCAGUGUUUUGCCGUAAACAUCGAAACACAUGAUCAGAAGGAGAAGUUGGAAGAAAACCAUACUCAUCACCAGCUCCUUCCUCUUCAGCCCGAUUGUAGCAGAAGUCAGCUAUACCGAUUGCUCAACUUGUCUUCAGAUGCAAAACAUUCAACAGAUAUUGAACAAACAAAUUUUGAAUCAUCAACAGAGGCCACGUGCCUAACACAAUCAGAUACCGGAAACAAUACCCAGUCCGACCCCCCAUCCGGAAAUAUCUCAAGCACCGAUCAAGUCAUCGUCACGGCCGACUUAACUGUUCUUGUAAAGAAAAUUUCAGAACAGGAUUGUAGCAUUGUUCAACCUGAAGCCACACAGACAGAUGAAGAAUCACCCUGUUUACCAAAUCCGGUCCAGUUCGAAACCAAAGUCACUCAUUAUCCAAUUACCAGCGACCUUGGAUUAGAACCUGGAAAACUACCGGAAUCACCCCGGCUUGCCGAUGAAAUCAUUUUUGAUGCGGUUGGUCCAUCACCUUCAAAUCCUGAAUCCGCUUUGAACCCCAUUCCAGGCAAUUCCGAGAUUGGUCCGUUCUGCACUGCCAUCGGUAUCUUCUCAUCUGUUUUUUAUAUGACUGCCCUUCCGCAUAACCAAAAUAAGCUACAAGCGGAAGAGCUAAAAAAUGGCGUCAUCAUCGAAUUACACAACCGUUGGCUUCAAAACAAAGACACAAGGAAAAACUUUGUCAGGGUGCUCUGUCUGUGGUUUGACAUUCAAUUAGAUUGGACAAACCCAUGUGUAGUCAUCCGACUAUUCCGCAAAGCAUUGGUUCCUCUUCUUGCUGAGAGGGCGGAUCUCGUAAGGUGUUUCACUGCACCUGCUACCCGCAGGGCAUCCCAUUCAAGAUGGAAGACCCAAAAGGACAGCAAUCCUCACCAGCAGAUUUCUCAGUUUGAUUCAGCCGUCUUUGUUAUACCACCGGACGGAUUCGAAGAGCCGCUUCAUAAUCCUAUUAAGACAAAGAGCAAAGUAAUCAACAGCAACCUGGCUGACAGUAAACCGGUGACGGGCAAAGGGCGUAAACCUACGCAAGGCCAGCAAUUGCUCGAUCUUCAGGCCCGUUUUGAUGCCUUCCGUCGAGCACAGCGCAAGCACAAUACUGCAUUCCUUCGUCAUAUUUCCCUUAUCCAGCGUCAGCUCGAAGACGUGAAACGAAAUACCUCCAAACGCUUAUUUCAAGAUCGCCGGCGUUCCAUGCCAAACCCUACUGUGUGAGUUCCCGGAUUCUUGGAAUUUCUUUUGGGCGGAAUAUGUUGGCUAACGGAUUUUAUUUUAAUAUUUCAAAUUAUUUUUGGACAGCUGAUGUUUGAAAACUACCCAAAUUUAUUUGAUUGCACCUCGAUUCCUGAGCUCCCUUUUGUUGUCUUCAUUUUCUAACCCAGAGAUAUGGCUCGUCAAGUAGUGCGCAUCCAAGUCAAACGGAAAAAAAAAAUAUUAUUCCUUUGAUAGAACAAAAAAUUUCAUGUUUGUUUAUUGCCAUUAUAAUUCUGUUUUCUUGUCUCUUCUUUUUUUUUAUGGGGCGUUUCCUUUCCCUUUUCUUCCUGUUUUUUUUGGGGCAAAUGUAUAUUCAUUGAUAUGUUUCCUAUUGAUUUUGUAGGAUAUGUUGAUUUUGGGUACUAGUUGUGGGGUUUAAAUCUUUUGUUUUGGGGUUUUACACAGUUUCGCACACGGAUGUUCGCAAUACAUCGAUGGGCUUCAAAUUAA